GCUAGGUCGUGCCACAGCCCUCAUUCGAAGCUUCUAGCAGACAGACGCACGUACGUAUCUCCAUCGCAAAGCGCUCAAGUUCCAAGACGUGACAAGUACAUAUACCUUAAGUUGUCAGUAAAGACAUCUCUUGGUCAACAAUGUCUGACAAAGCUAGGCUGACCUAUUUCAACGGACGAGGUCGGGGCGAGUCCAUCCGCUUCAUGCUGGGGGCCGCAGGUAUCGAGUUCGAUGAGGCGUUUUUGGAGACCAAGGAGCAGAUGGAAGAGUUGAGAGCACGCGGGGACCUCCUCUUCAACCAGGUACCCCUGCUAGAAAUAGACGGGAUGAAGCUGGUUCAGACCGGGGCCAUGAUCAGGUACAUCGCGCGCAAAGGAUCCCUGUACGGCGCGGACGACAAGGAGUCUGCCAGGAUUGAUAUGCUGACGGACGGAGUACGCGACUUCGCCCUGAAGUUUCUCCGGGUUCCGUUCCUGGCCGACCCGACGGAACACCUCUCCGGAAUCCGGAACACUGACCUGCCCCGCUACCUCCCAGUCUACAGCAAGGUCCUUGAAGAUAGCGGCACAGGGUUCCUGGUGGGAGGGGCGCUCUCCAUGGCGGACGUCUUGCUGUUCGAGGCGCUCCUUAGCGUGGAUGAACUGUUUCCGGGGCACCUGAAGGACUACCCAAAACUACAGGAGUUCCGAGACCGGGUGUCCGCCCUCCCCAACAUGGCGAAGUUCCUGUCGGGAGGACAGAGGAAGCCGCCGCCCGACGCCGUGUACCGCGACUCCGUCGACACUGUCCUGGGACGGAAGUGACGUACAUUCCGGAUGUGACGUCAUCCAGCACUACCUCUGCCAACCAAAGACCGCACAAAGCAGCACAUUGCUUGAUUAUUUGUUUGAAAUUCGCGUGAUACUUUUGAAUAAAUAACAAAG